AUGUCUCCGUACACGGCCCACAGCAUAUUGUUGAUCAUCCCAGAGAGAAUCAAGGCAAACGGUUGUGAUUCUGACGAUUGGGUCUGCAUCACGAACCUGAUUGCAGCUAGGAGCGACGCAUUGAGCGCAAAGCUGCAACCGGUCUCGAUGGUGCCCACGACCAACUACGCUGUGUCGUGGGAAUGUGGCAGCAGUGAGGUCUCGGCUAGGAUAGCGUACAUGCUAUUGCGACUUGAGCCCAAUGUGGUUGUCUUUCAAGCGAUCCUAGGAGGUGUGCCAAAGGAGCUAGCUCGCUUCUCACUGAAUUCUUCAGAUGUCUUGACAGGGCUGACACGACGCAGCAUCGGACUGGGGAUCCGAUCAGACCGGCAUGGUCUGGAUUGA